AUUUCUUUGUUUAGAAACCGAUGCCCAUAUUUUCAUUAAUUUAUUUUAAGUUUUAACUCUCCUCUUGGGUUAUUUCGUAAAUUAACUCCUCUUUUUUAAUCUCACAUUGUAUUCUCCCAUCUCAUAUCUUCAUUCAUCUUCCCUUCAAAGCCUACCUCCUUCUCUCUCUACUUUCUCUCUCUACCCCUUUCUGCCUCUCUCUUUCAUUUUCUUUCUCCUCUUCUUUCUUUUCUCGAGAAAGAGGUCGACAAAAUCACCUUCAAAAGGUUUCGUCUUUGUAUUGUUUUGAUAACCUUUGGUUUUUCAGCUGCAGAUUGUUAGAUCGGUCUUUGUUUUCUGUUUUUGAUCCUCUGAUAUUGCAGAAUAGGGUUCUUGCUGUUUGCUCUAGAAGCUUCUGCAGUUCUUGCAAAUAACUUAUAAGGCACACUGAUCGCUAGCCCUGAUGCAAGGGCGGAGGAGUCUCAUCGAUUCUUUACCAGAAAUCUUGGACUUCGACCAUGGAUCUUCAUCGGGCAAUGCCAUUAUAGAUCAGCAAAUUUGCUGGAAUAACAUGCAAAAUCCUGCAGAAAAUCAAUUACCAGAAUUUAUGCUAUCACCUAGUCGCGUUAAUAAUGCAUACAUUAGUCCUGUUGAUCAAGAGCGACAUAAUUUGAGCGGCUGGAGUUUGGGUGAACCAAGUUCAAGUGGAGCUCAGAAUGACGCAAGUCGUGAAGUGCAGAAAUGUGAACACGGGCGGUCUUCUUCUGCGAGUACUAGUGCUAUAGCUGGCUCAAGGUUAGAAGGAAGGCGAUACGAACCAACCAAUAUUCUCUCAUUGGACAGUAUUAAUAUGGACCCUCAAUUUAUGCAGAGUUCCAAUGCAGUUCCACAUAAUCUCAACUUGAAUGCAGGUUUUGUGGCUCGUGGCAGUGAUAAUGGUCCAGUCAUGGAAAGCUCAAACAUGUACAAGUCUGGCAGAACACAAAAUGAAUGGAAUUCUUCUGCUAGUGGUUCGGCUACUUUCUUGCAUCCUUCUGGUAGUGGUGGAUACAUUGCAGAAGAGAAUGAUAGCAGGCCGGGUACUUCACUGGAUGGUCGCCGCCAAUCUUGCAAGAGAAAGGCGAUUGAGGGACAUAUUGGACAAUCCUCAGCCAGUGAAAAUUCAAGUUUCUUUCAGGGCUCAGAGAGUAAUGCGUGGGGAGGUGCUCCAUCCCGUUAUGAUGCAGGUAGAAGUUUAAGUAUCUCUGCUCCAUCUGAGCAGGUGAACCCCAGGCUUGGACUAGGUCUGAGAGGAUUAGCUUCUGAUAGCAUUCCUGACCCAACAGCAGCAGGACGGCCAGAAACAUCGCAAAGAAAUUUCCGUUUGAGAAUAAAUCCUUCAAAUCAAGAAUCUGCUCCCUCUGGUUUAUUUUCCACAGGGAGUGCUGUAAGGCGUUCUAGUGUACCAUCUUCUCACCGCUCGUCAAGACUUCUUCCUAUUGACCAUUCUCUAGAUUUUAGGUUACCGGGUGUAGAUAGUGCAACUUCUCAUAGUCAGCCUGUUGUUGUUCCUGUUCCAGCUUUGCCUCAAAAUUUGCCAUCAUUUAGAUGGAACGAAGGCUCUAGCUCUAGAACUGCCAGUGCUUCAAGUUCUAUGAAUUUUCCUGACAGAGAGGAAGCCAGAUCAAGAAACAUAACAGGAAACAUAUGGGAACAUCCUAUGUUUAUACCAGCCACUGACUUGAGAAGUUCAGUUAGAAACCCGGCAGGUAGAGGUGUUACUGGUGGAACUCCAAGUAUUCCUGGAAAUAAUAUUGCUUCUGCAUCUCGGACUGGCUCAGGUUCGGGUGCCCAUCCUGCUUCUGCUCCAACUUGGGUUUCUCAAACAACUCCUUCUUCAAGAAAUUCUAGGAGAUUAGCCGAAUUGGUUCGUCGAUCACUUUUUCCUGCAAGCGCAGAUUCUGGAGGCCAAAGCAGUACACAUUCUCUACUGCCUUCAGGCCCUCCUGGUUCCUCUGAAGAAGCAAUGCAUUCUUCUGGAAUUAGUAGUCAAGGGCAUCAUCGAUCAUAUCCAAGAUCAGCAUCGUGGGUCGAGCGACAUGGUGAUAAUGUGCUUGGCGUUCCCUAUCCAUUGCGAACUUUGGCCGCAAACGGUGAAGGAAGAGGCAGGCUUCUUGUAUCUGAGCAGAUUCGCAAUGUCUUGGAUCUCAUGCGGAGGGGCGAGAGCUUGCGUUUUGAGGAUGUCAUGAUUCUUGACCAAUCUGUAUUUUUUGGAGUUGCUGAUGUGCAUGAUAGGCAUAGGGAUAUGCGGCUAGAUGUUGAUAACAUGUCAUACGAGGAGUUGUUAGCAUUGGAGGAGCGUAUUGGAAAUGUUAGUACCGGAUUGAGUGAAGAAACUGUAUUGAAUCGACUAAAACAGCGGAAGUAUUCUGUUGCAGUAGGAACUGAAGUGGAAGCGGAACCUUGCUGCGUUUGUCAGGAGGAAUAUAAAAACGGAGAAGAUGUCGGUACGCUGAAUUGCGGGCAUGAUUUUCAUACCGGCUGUAUCAAACAGUGGUUGAUGCUUAAGAAUUGGUGCCCCAUUUGUAAAACAUCGGGGCUUGCUUCCUAAUAAAUUUAGGUACUAACUUAUGGCAUGACUCACCGGAGGUAGACGACUCAUUUUCGGAAGAAGAAACGGCUUCCAUUGUGAUGCUGCAACAGCUAAAACAACAAUUGGAGUCGAGAACUGGUUCUGAACACUUUAGUUUGUUAUUGAACAAUUUACUUUAAUGUCAUUAUUGGAUAUUAAUUAAUUUUGCUUUCUUAUAAUAUUUUUUAAUUCACUUUUAAA